AUGUCAAGACCGACAGCUGCUCUCUUACAACGUCAAUUUAAAGAAUUAACCGACCCCAAAAAAGUUUCUCCAUUUCACAUCGAUUUAGAUGAUGAUAAUAUCUUUUUAUGGAAUAUUGGUAUGAUGGUAUUUAAUAAAGAAUCAAUCUAUCAUGGAGGUUAUUUUAAAGGUUCUAUGAAAUUCCCUCCUGAUUUCCCCUUUUCUCCUCCAACCUUUAGAUUCACUCCUCCAUUAUAUCAUCCAAAUAUUUAUAGAGAUGGUAGAGUUUGUAUAUCUAUCUUACAUCAAGGUGGUGAUCCAACUAAUGAUGAACCAGAUAAUGAAACUUGGUCCCCUGCUCAAUCGGUUGAAUCUGUCUUAAUUUCCAUUCUUUCCCUUUUAGAAGAUCCAAAUGUUUCAUCCCCUGCUAAUAUUGAUGCUUCAGUUGAAUUAAGAAAAAAUCCGGAUGCUUAUAAAAGAAAAGUUUUACAAGAAGUUGAACAUUCAAAACAAAAUAUUCCAGAAGGUUUUGUAAUGCCAGAUUCUGAAGCUGAAGUAUUUAAAUCAAAUCAUAAUAGACUUGAAAUUGAACAAUUAAAUGAUGAUUUUUGGUCAGAAUAUGAUGAUGAAGAUGAUUAUGAAGAAGAUGAUUAUGAUCAUGAUGAUGAUGAUGAAGUUGAAGAUGAUGAAAGUGUUCAAGCAAGUUUAAUGGAUGGAUGA